AUGGCCGAGGCUCCAGACCGGGGAACCCCGCGCGUGCUCUUUGGAGACUGGCUUCUGCGCGAGGUCAGCAGUGGCCGCUAUGAGGGUCUACGGUGGCUGGACUCAGCCCGAACGCGCUUUCGCGUACCCUGGAAGCAUUUCGCGCGGAAGGACCUGGGUGAGGCCGAUUCGCGCAUCUUUAAGGCCUGGGCCGUGGCCCGCGGCAGGUGGCCGCCCCGCAGCGGUGGAAGUGCCCGGCCGAUCCCUGAGAGUGCGCUGCGGGCCUCCUGGAAAACCAACUUCCGCUGUGCGCUGCGCAGCACGCAGCGCUUUGUAAUUUUGGAAGACAACUCGGGGGACCCUACCGACCCUCAUAAGGUGUACAAGAUCAGCUCUGAGCCGGAGGACCGAGGCCUAGGCUUUGACCAGGGGGAGGACGAGGCCCUAGAAGACGCCCCACCUGCAAGGGGUGGGCUCCCAGGGCCAUGCCUGGCAACAGAUACUGGUGAGAGCCUGGGGCACCAGCUGAACCCUGAUGCCUGCCCCCCAAGCCUAGCUGGAGAUGCCGGGGACCUCUUGAUCCAGGCGCUGCAGCAGAGUUGCUUGGAGGACCAUCUGCUGGAUCUGAUCCCCUCAGAGGCUCCUGAUGCAGUCCCACCCCCAGAGCCCUGGCAGCCUCCAGAGGCGGAGCCCCACACGGAAGCCUCUGCCAGUGCCUGCACCCCGAUGGCAGGGGAGCCGCCCCUGGCUGGCCCUGGCUGCUCACAGCUUGGUCUGCAGCCAGAAUCCAGCCUGGGGGCCCUGGACUUGACCAUCCUGUAUAAAGGCCGCACGGUGCUGCAGGAGGUGGUGGGGCGUCCGAGCUGUGUGCUCCUGUACGGCCCCCCCGGUGUAGCUGGAGAGGCUUCAGGGCCCCAGCGAGUUGCCUUCCCCAGCCCUGCCGAGCUGCCUGACCAGAAACAGCUCCACUACACAGAGACGCUGCUGCAGCACGUGGCCCCGGGCCUGCGGCUGGAGCUCCGGGGGCUGUGGCUGUGGGCCCGGCGCCUGGGCAAGUGCAAAGUCUACUGGGAGGUGGGGGGGCCUCUGGGCUCAGCCAGUGCCUCCACCCCAGCUCGCCUGCUGCCCAGGGACUGUGACACGCCCAUCUUUGACUUUGGCACCUUCUUCCAAGAACUAGUGGAGUUCCGGGCCCGGCAGCGCCACGGCUCCCCGCACUACACCAUCUACCUGGGCUUCGGGCAGGACCUAUCAGUGGGGAGGCCCAAGGAGAAGAGCCUGGUCCUGGUGAAGCUGGAGCCGUGGCUGUGCCGGACGUACCUGGAGGCUGUGCAACGCGAAGGUGUGUCCUCCCUGGACAGUGGCAGCCUCAGCCUCUGCCUCUCCAACUCCAACAGUCUCUAUGAGGACCUGGAGCACUUCCUGGAGCACUUCAUGAUGGAAGUGGAGCAGGCUGCCUAG